AAGUUUUAAGCGCUAAAAAAUGAAAGGAAACGAAACAUUCUCUGCUCCCAUCUAUCUGUCACUCACAUUUUGGUUUCCUCCCUUUUUUUUUCUAUCCAUUUCUUUAGACUCCCUUUUUCUGCUUCUCCUUUCUUUUCUCAUUCUAAAGCUUCUUCUACAUCUCUUCUGUUCUGGGUUUUCCCCACUUUUUUAUCUUUUCUUCUGUUAUUUCAUGUUUCCAUUCCUGGGUUUUUGCUCAAUCUUUCGAUUUUCUUCUUCUGGCUCUGUAUUGACAACUUUUGAGAUGAAAAAACAAGUUCAAUCUUAGCUAAUUUCCCUCUCUCUGCUCUCUGUCCUGCCACUGGAGUGGAGUAAUUGCUUCUUUUACUGAACCCAAAUCUUCAUUUUACAGGGUUUUCUUUAUCUCUCUUUUUUUUGGGGGGGUUUGUUUGGUUUUUUCUCCUCUGAAUGUGAAGUGUGAACUGCACCUGGUUCUUGAUUUUUUUGUGGAAACUGAGAGAAGAUGGAAUCGUUUGCUUCUCUCCUGCUUCUCCUCUGUUUAAUUCUUGGGGUUCUGUUUGGGACUUGUGAUUCUUUUUCUUCAAAUGAAGUGUCAGCUCUUACAGCCUUCAAAUUAGGAGUAUUUGAAGAUCCAUUGCAAGUCUUCUCCAACUGGAAUAGCCUUGAUUCAGAUCCUUGCUUCUGGUCUGGCAUUAAAUGUUCUCCCACUCGAGACCAUGUCGUAAAGAUCAACAUUUCACAGGCUUCCAUAAGAGGGUUUCUUCCAUCAGAUUUUGGUCAACUCAACUUUUUGGAAGAACUAAUUUUGCAUGGAAAUAAGCUGCUUGGUACAGUGCCAAAGGAGUUGGGCAACUUAAAGAACCUCAGAGUCUUGGACUUGGGGGUGAAUGAACUCACAGGUCCAAUUCCUCCAGAGUUUGGGAAGUUAACCAAAGUUGUGAAAAUAAACCUCCAGUCUAAUGGGUUGACUGGUAAGUUGCCUUCUGAGCUUGGAAAUUUGAGAUCCCUUGAGGAACUGAGGCUGGAUAGAAAUAAGCUGGAAGGAACUGUUUCUGGUGUUGGCCAUUCAGAUCUUACAUCCAGUAUGCAUGGACUGUAUGUGUCAAACACGAACUUAACUGGAUUCUGUCGGUCGUCUCAGCUAAAAUUUGCCGACUUUUCGUAUAACUUCUUUGUUGGGAGCAUACCCAAGUGCUUGGGGUAUCUUCCAAGGUCAAGUUUCCAAGGGAACUGCCUCCAAAAAAACAAUCCCAAACAGCGUCCUUCUGUGCAAUGCGCUAAGAGCCAUCAAGGGAGCAACGGGCAGAACCAUGCUGUGGAUAACAUAUCCAACCAUCACCAAGCGACGUCGAAACCUAUCUGGCUCUUGGCCCUUGAGAUAGUAACUGGAACUUUGGUGGGUUCUCUCUUCCUAGUUGCUGUUCUCACUGCGGUCCAGAAAUUCAAUCGGAAAUCCUCCAUCAUAUUGCCCUGGAAGAAAGUUGGAAGUAGGAAGUACUACGCUCCAGUAUAUGUAGAUCCUGAGAUUUUAAAGGAUGUGACGAGAUUUAGUCGACAAGAGCUUGAACUAGCUUGUGAAGACUUCAGCAACAUAAUCGGAUCCUCUCCCAACAGUUUGGUAUACAAGGGCACCAUGAAAACUGGACCUGAGAUCGCAGUUAUCUCAAUGAGCAUGAAAGAAGAGCAAUGGACAGGAUACCUUGAACUCUAUUUUCAGACGGAGGUGGCAGAUUUGGCGCGAAUCAACCACGAGAAUACAGGAAAACUACUUGGUUAUUGCCGAGAGAGUAGUCCAUUUACAAGGAUGCUGGUUUUUGAGUAUGCAUCAAAUGGCACUUUAUACGAGCAUCUACAUUACGGAGAAGCAUGUCAGCUAUCUUGGACGAGGCGCAUGAAGAUUAUUUUAGGCAUCGCCCGCGGACUGAAGUAUCUUCAUACAGAACUCCAACCUCCAUUCACCAUCUCUCUGUUGAAUUCCAAUGCCGUAUACCUUACAGAUGAUUUUUUCCCCAAGCUGAUAGACUUCGAAAGUUGGAAGACAAUUCUUUCACGGUCCGAAAAGAACUCGGGUGCUAUUGGUAGCCAAGGUGCAAUAUGUGUUCUUCCAAACUCUCUAGAAGCACGUCAUCUCGACGUGCAAGGUAACAUCUAUGCUUUCGGCGUCCUUCUACUUGAAAUAAUCAGUGGUCGGCCUCUGUACUGCAAGGACAAAGGGAAUUUGUUAGAUUGGGCCAAGGACUAUAUUGAAAUGCCAGAAGUGAUGUCUUACGUGGUCGAUCCUGAACUGAAGCAUUUUAGAUAUGAAGACCUCGAGGUUAUAUGUGAGGUGGUGAACCUCUGUAUCCAUCCGCAGCCAAGCAAAUCGCUAUCGAUGAAGGAACUCUGUACCAUGCUAGAAACUAGAAUUGACACCUCUGUUGCCAUCGAGUUUAAGGCAUCUUCUUUGGCAUGGGCAGAACUUGCACUCUCAUAGAAGAAGUGUACACAAACAAUUUGACAUAUAGAGGUGUAAUACUCUCUCUUUCUCUCUUGUUUCUUUUUCUCUUUUAAGUCUCUAAAUUCCUUGUACAUGUUCAAUCCUAGAGGAAGUUGUAACUGCUAGCACAAAAAGUAUGCCAAUAUCACAAUAGCUUUGAUCAGAGCCAGAGGGUGUCAUUUAAUCAAAAUUCAUGAAUGCAGUUGAACAAAUUUGUUCUCUGCUAUUUCUUGUUUCU